AUGGAUGCUUCACCACGUACUCUAACAGUGGGAUUAUCUGGAAGCCAGGUUCAGCUCUUUGACCUUCGCAACCGCAGUAAUCCAUGGCAAUCGCGUGGUAGUGGACUUAGAUAUCAAAUGUCAUGCAUCAGAAACUUCCCUUCUGGAGAAGGUUUUGCAUUGUCAAGCAUAGACGGCAGGGUCUCAAUUGAGUAUAACGACCUACUGGAAGAGGUUCAGCAAAAAAAGUUCGCCUUCAAGUGCCAUAGAGUACCUGACCACGAUGAAGGCGUUGAUAAAGUUUAUCCAGUGACUGGUCUACGGUUUCACAAGCAGUACAACACCCUCUUCACCGCUGGAGGCGAUGGCCAUGUCUGUGUGUGGAAUUGGGAGAAGAGAAAGCGCAUGAAACAAUUUCCUAAGGUUCCAGGGACUGAUGGUAUCUCACAGCUCGAUAUUAAUAACACUGGGUCGCUUAUGGCUGUCGGCACCACAGACGAUGGGUUCAUGAGGCUACCGGAUACGAAUAGUUCUUUCGUUCCAAGACAAAGCCAGGUCUUCCUAAGGAGACUAGAUGAGAUAGACUGUAAACCUAAACCUAAAUAA